AAUACAAGCAUGGUCUCAAUGAAUGAGAAAAUAGAGUUUGAGUUGAGUUUAUUCAGACUGUGUUCCUCUGCUUUUGUGGCAGGCGCCUGAAGCACAAUGCCUUCUUUUGGCUCGGAGGAGACGGUAAAAGAGCUCAAGCGAGCUCUGUCCAAUCCAAAUGUCCAAGCAGACCGUCUCCGGUACAAAAACUACAUCACCAAAGUCAUCAGGUACAUGACACAGGGUCUGGAUGUCUCAGCUUUAUUUAUGGACAUGGUAAAAGCCAGUGCCACAGUGGAUAUUGUUCAGAAGAAGCUGGUAUAUCUGUACAUGUGCACCUAUGCCAGUGACAAGCCUGACCUGGCACUACUGGCCAUCAACACGCUCCGUAAGGACUGUGCUGAUCCCAAUCCCAUGGUGCGAGGGUUGGCCCUGAGGAACAUGUGCAACUUCAGGAUGCCGGGAAUGACAGAGUACAUAGAGCAGCCCAUUGUUGCUGGUCUGCGGGACAAGGCCAGUUACGUAAGGAGAGUCGCUGUGCUUGGUUGUGCCAAAAUGCACAGUCUGCAGCCCAACACAGAGAUAGAUGGCAUUAUAGUAAAUGAGCUGUAUGCUCUUCUGAGGGACCCAGACCCUGUGGUUGUAGUGAACUGUCUUCGUGCCUUGGAGGAAAUUCUCAAAGAUGAGGGGGGUGUGGUUAUUAACAAACCCAUUGCUCAUCACCUUCUCAACAGAAUGAAUGACCUGGACAGUUGGGCUCAGAGUGAAGUCCUCACCUUCCUGCUACGUUACCGUCCUCGUAGCGAUGACGAGUUGUUCAACGUCCUCAGCCUACUAGACGCCUUCCUCCAAAGCGCUCAUGCACAUGUCGCAGUUGCCACGCUCCGCCUCUUCCUUCAUUUAGCCUCCGCCCACCCGGCUGUGCAGGCCGAUGCCCUCCUGCGCACAAGUGCGCCCCUGCUGGCCACCUGCGGUGCUGCGUCGCGCGAGCUUCGCUUUGCUGGGCUCUGUCACGUACAGCAGGUCAUGCGGAGUCAGCCGGGCCUUUUCGGCACACAUUACAAACGCUUCUUUUGUGGAUACUCUGAACCGACUUACAUUAAGUUUCGCAAGAUGGAGAUCUUGGUGGAGCUGGUGAAUGAUGAAAAUGUGGCUUUGGUUUUGGAGGAGCUGAGAAGCUACUGCACUGAUGUGUCUCCUGAACUGGCCCAGGCAGCCAUUGCUGCUAUAGGUCGCAUUGCACUAACCUACAGUGAGAAGUGUCUUGAUAUCCUGACUGGCCUGCUGGCAUUGAAACAAGAUCACAUCACGUCAGCGGUGAUCCAGACGUUCAGGGAUUUGGUGUGGUUCUGUCCUCAGAGUACAGCUGCUGUGUGUCAGACCGUGGAGGCCUGUGUUGACAGUCCUCAAGAUAGAAGUAAAGAUGUAACCCUCUCCAGCCCAAAUGACACAGAAGAGGAGAUCAGUCUAUCUUUGGGUCCUCCUCUAUCCCAUGAGACUUUUGAGAAAAUGUGGCUGGACUUGGAGAUUCUCCACAGGCAAACUCUGGGUUCCCCUCGACCCAGAACGGCUCCGGAUACGUUACAGGCUGCCUUACAGCUGGUGAAGAUCCAGACUCUGGCCUUCACCCCGAGAGACACUGUGCCGUGGAAGGCCUACAUUUACACCAGGAGCACUGGGACCCUGAUCCUCGCCGAACUGUUGCAGGGGGACCCGCAGGCCCCUGGCAGUGAUGAAAGCCUGGUGGUAUCUGUCAAACAGCAGCCAGUGAACCAGCAUGCCAUCAGAGGAUUUGCUUCAAUACUCAAGAGUGUGCUGCAGACUCUUAAUGUUGAUAGUUCAUGAAAUUCAGAAGUCUGAACUAUUGCUACUUUGAGGACAAUGUACGGUCUAUUACAGUAUAAGCUGGAGCUUUUUCAACACAAUUAAUCGAACGGUCUUUCUAAACAUAAAAGCCUUCCAGUAAGGCUUCUUUCUAGCACCCAGUUACAUAAUUUUAUCUCUAUCUCAGGUUAUAAUUUUCUUUUUCAACAUCUUGCAGACAAAGCAAUGUUUAGUUAUUGUAAAUAUAUGGUCUAUUAUACAAAACAGGUGCCUUUUGUGUCCCGCAUUAAUAUGAAUAUACUUGUAAUAUGUUGUAUAAUAGGCAUUUUAG